UGCCCAUUCAUUAAAUACAAGACAAGCCCGGACACACACCGUCCGACAGCCGGUGGACGAGCGCUGUUUGUUUUGACCUAACCCAGAGGUUCUUGCGGCGGAGUGAAGAAAAAGCAAAACGAAGACAGAGACGAUCUUUAUGGGAUUAAAUCCUCGAACACUCAUUUUUAAAGCUGUGUGAGUAUCGGCGCCAAUAUAUAUAAGGAGCUCGGACGAGUUUGUGAGCUGGUUGUUCCUCAAAUAAGCAUCGCCGUCGGGGUACCUGUCAGAGGAGGACAGUGACGGAUAUCGUCGCUGACAAUGGUCUUGGAGGAUGAACUGACCACAGCCGCAGCGACGGGACAAACGGCAGAGGUGAAGUCUCUGCUGCAAAAUGGGGCUCCGGUUAACGGGGUGAAUAGUUUUGGACGAACCGCUCUACAGGUGAUGAUGAUGGGCAGCUCGGAGGUGGCUCAGCUCUUACUGACGAGCGGAGCGGAUCCAAACGUUGCGGACAGAAGCACAGGGGCGACCCCGCUGCAUGACGCGGCCCGAACGGGCUUCCUGGACACGGUGAAGCUUCUGGUGGAAGCCGGGGCCGACCGGCAGGCCCGGGACAAGGACAACCGUCUCCCGGUUGAUUUGGCCAGACAGAACGGCCACACGGAUGUUGUUGCUGCCCUGGACACUCUAUAACUAUGGGCCUGUCUUCAGAUGAAAUAUUAUUUAAUUCAGUUGGUUCUGAUUGAGAACCGUGAAUAAGGCCCGAAAGGGCCCUAAUUUAUAUUUAUUUUUUAUUAUUUAACGAGAUGCUCAUAAUAUAGUAGGAUACAACAGGACUUUUAAUGGACUACUUUUAGAAAUCGGUUUAGGAUGAUAAAUCUUUUUUAAAUAACGUUUUGUAAAUGUUCAUGAAAUGCUUUUUUUUUUACUGUUCUUCUGAAAUAUAUUUUGCUUAAACUUUUGUUUAAUGAAGAAAGCUGAUUUAGAAGCCAUAACUUGUUGCGCAUAUUUGUUUUAUGCACUAUUAUGAAACCAAUACAUUGAGAUAUUAUCUCUUUGUAUAAUUAGUGUUUGCACUUUAAUUUAAAAAAAAGUUAUCUAUGAGUUUGAAACACUGAAGGAGAGGGUAAGCAUGCUUCAGGUUGUCACAAAGGUGAAUUAUUGUCUUUACAACCAAAUAAAAUAAAGAAAUUACUUAAGGAUAUUCAUUACACUGGGGAGUUUUGAACAUUGUAGUGCAAUUAAAACAUGGAACGUAUGGACUAUGACUCCUGAUUGUUUUUAAAAGUGUUUUUGUACGUGCAGGUGAAUAACAGCUGAAAUGUUUCCUCUUAGCAAUUAUGCUCUGGACUGGAGCUAAACCAUUAAAGUGGCUAGAGAUUUGC